CAUAGAAGGCGUGUUGUGUGGAAGCAAUCUUUGUUAUUUGUAUCAGUAUUCAGAUUCAUUUCCAAUGAAAAUGAAACGACAGGACCGUGAAACUCCACCUAGGAAUAAGCGACAGAGAGCUGGAUAUGGCAUGCAUGAAAGGGAUGCCCCAAGAGAGCGCAUGUCACCUGAUUUUGACCGAAGAGAUUCGAGAGGAUCGGGACGUAUGGGACCGGGCGGGCGCGAUGGUCCCCCGCCAUACUUGCCCGAUCGAGAUUUUGACUUUCCACCAGGACCCAGAAAAUCGUUUAGAGAUGACAGAAUGAUGGGUGACUUUGGCGGUGGCACGGGACACAUGUCAAGAAUGGACCAAAGAACGUUUGAGUAUAGGUCUUUGUGUAUCACGAACAUAAGCAGUAAAAUUCCUGGACCUGCCUUGAAGGAAUCCCUUACAAGAGAAUUUAAGAAAUUUGGAGAAUUUAAUGUUAAGAUUACUUUUAACGGUGAUCAUAGGAUUGCCUAUGUGAACUUCAGAUAUCCACAAGACGCUAAGGCAGCUCGGCACGCCAAAGCAAAGCUGACCUUAUUUGAGAGGCCAGUGCGUGUUGAACCUGUCCACAAUAAAAGGCGCAGUGUUAGUCCUCCAGGACCAGAAUUUGGUAGAGCAGAUGGCCCGCCACCACCCUUUCCUUCUGGAAGGGGUGGCUCCCCUUCGCAUUCAAUGGGCAGUGGUAGACGAACUGGUAGACAUCCAAGUAUUGAUGGGAGGGACUUUCCUCCUAGGGAUCGUGAUUUCCAACCCUUCGAAAACCGUCGGGCUCCCAAUGAGAAAUUCCCCCAUCAUCUUCAACAUGUGAAUCCUGAAGAUGACGACAAAGCCACUCGAACCUUGUUUGUGGGUAACCUUGAUUACAACAUCUCUGAAAAUGACUUGCGUCAUAUUUUCGAAAGAUAUGGAAUGGUUGAGGACAUAGAUAUUAAAAGACCUGCUAAGGGACAGGGAAAUGCAUAUGCAUUUAUUAAAUUUUUCAACCUUGAUUUUGCUCACAAAGCUAAAGUUGACAUGUCUGGAAAACACAUUGGCAGGUUUCAGUGUAAAAUUGGAUAUGGCAAAGCGAAUCCUACCACUUGUUUAUGGGUAGGUGGCCUGGGACCAUGGAUUACACAUGAAACAUUGGAGCGAGAAUUUGAUAGAUUUGGUGUUAUUCACAGAAUCGAGUGGCCACAUGGAAAGAAUUAUGCCUAUGUGCUUUAUGACAGUAUUGAUGCUGCUCAAGCAGCCUGUCAGGAUAUGAGAGGUUUUCCUCUAGGUGGUGCUGACCGUCGGUUGCGUGUCGACUUUGCUGAUAUCACCCACAUCACGCAGCAGUCACCUGUGCGUAGAGACGAUGGUAAUUUCAAUCGCCCUGACCAGAAUUUUGGAGGUAGGAACUUUCAAGGUGGUAUGGGUUGGGGUGGGGGGCCUGGUUUUCCUGAUGGUUUUGGGGACGAUCGACAAAGAUCACGUGGCGACUGGAGUCAAUCAGAUAGAGACCCAAUGAAUGCCUUUCGAAAUCCUGAUAAUCCUCGUGGAUUUGAGGGUAUGCCUCGUCGAGGCCGUUAUGAUGAUGGUGAUCAGCCCGGUGACAUGGGAGACAGACGACAGAAGCGGCCAAGAACUCCUGAUGAGCAAUUUGACAGACAUUUCAGGCGAAGUCCGGAGAAGAGAAGUGAAUUUUCAGGAAGGCUGCCUGAUUUCAAUGAUAGAGACCUAAGUCCAGAUUCAAAGCGUGGAUCUCGGUUUAUUCAUGACCGUGAUGGAAAUUCAAGUUUUGACAAAACUAUGAGAGACGGUGGCCGCGAUGGGAGAGCUCAGAUGGGUAGUAAGGAACUUAGUGUUGUUGAUGGAGUUGAUACGGUUGUUGAUUUUGCUAAAUGCCUGCCUGUAGCAUGGAACGGUGCACUAAUCCUGAAGAGCAAUGCAUUCCCAGCUAGAAUGCAUGUUGUCAGUGGUGAUGUGACAAUUGUGGACACUUUGAUGCGAGACCCCACAACAACAGAAACGCCUGUGUUGCGCAUAACCCAAAGGCUGCGAUUAGACCAGCCUAAGUUAGAGGAGGUGGGUCGCCGUGUGCAGACUGUAGGGCCCACGGGUCACUGUAUUCUUCUUGCACUCCCUAGCACACUGCAAAACUAUGAGGACCCUUCUGGGGCCAUACAGCAAAGGCCUCUACGGAACCUCAUUUCCUAUUUAAAACAGAAGGAGGCAGCAGGUGUCAUAUCACUGCCCCCAAAUCCCUCCAAGGACAAGGAUAAUGUGGGAAUAUUGUAUGCUUUUCCACAGUGUCAGUUUGGUCAUGACUUCCUGUUAAAACGAGCCCCAAAGCUGCCCAGUUCUCCAUCCCCACGAGAUGAACAUUUAGUUGUCGUAGUGGUUAAGGGAGCUGCUUAGACUUAAUUAUCCCUGAAUUUUUACCAUGAAGUAGGCUGGGUGAUGCAACGGUCUUUACAUCUGUCUCAGUUUCCAACAACAAUCCAAAGUUUGCAUGUAGUUUUCAUACACAGUGCAAGUGUAUGAUGCCAUAUGUGUGUCGGAGUGAUGUGUUGUUGACAGUUUCGCCAUGCCAGAGCACGGUAAUUUAAAGUAAAGAAUCUACUUUUGUAUAAAGUGCUGUCAAAUUUUGUAGAUGGAAUAUAGUGUUACUGUAAAGGUAAUCUGAACCAUUUUGUUGUUUUAGCAAUGUAAAAAUUUUCAUAUUUUUAUUUAGUUUGUCUUCACAGCUCCUUUGGGUUACAGAAUGCUCUGAUGUUUUGCAGCUAACAUUAUACAAUUGAGAUGCCAAUAAAAUGCUACAGCAUUUGAAUUUAAUGACCAUACCACUUUCAAAAAUGUAGUUCUUAUUUACAUUCAGAUACGUAGUUGUUUACAGGCAAGAAAUGAUAUUUUCAGUGUUCCUGAUUUUUGAUUUUGCCAGUUUGAUGAACAACUAGUACUAGUUAGUUUGAUGGUUAUAACCAGUUUUCAAAGCCAUUUUCACUUGAUACAGUAUAUUACACAACAAACAACUCAGCUUCUUUGAGGUACCCUGUUCCUGCCUGAUCAUGUGCUGAUCAGGUAAAGGGUAAAUUGCUAUGCAGCUGGCUGUAAUUUCUUUAUUUUGUUAACAAUGGUACACAUGUUCACGUUGUUUUGAAGAAGUUUAUUUCAGGAACUACUGUGCCAUGAUGUUUCUUAUUCAGGACACUUCCCUCGUCUGACAGAGUGACCGGCCACAAGACAUCUUGGCAUAGCCUUACAGUUCCAGCACUGACCUGAUUUACUGCACAUCAGCUUGACCACCCAACGGUCAGUCCCAGAACAAUGCAGAUUGUGGAGUGAUGUGUAGGAAGAGAUGAAAGUGAAUAAUGGCCUAACAAAAUGCCAUUUUCCCAUUGCUCAGAUUAGGCUAGUCAUCAACUUUAAAGACGAUUCAUUGUUGUCAUUUUGGUGAUCCUCAUGAUGACAUAGGACUGAAGAAAUGGUUAUCCACAGGUGGCAUGUAAGACUAUAAACUAUUGGAUGUUCAGCUGAAUCUUACUGAAAACUACUGUGACAACAAGACUUCAGUCUCUCAUAAGUGUCGUCUGAUUCAUCUCUAGUCUUAGUUGUGCUACAAGUGCCAUCUAGACCAUGUGUCCCAUGAAGUGAAAUGGCCAGCACAGAAUUAACCGGCAGCUUUUAGGAAUGUGAAUAUUUUGGCUUCCUUCAAGACUAAAAAGGCAUCUCUUAAGAGGUGAAAGAUGCGAUUUCUUGACCAAACCAGUAUCAGAAGAGCGAAGGCCUGCCAGCAGAUACCCUUCUCACGUCGGUUUGGAUAUUUUAAUCCACAGGUUGCAGUGUGUUUCCUAGCUGAGAAUACUCUCCUGUACAACUGUUAACAGUGGAAAACAGGAAGUGUGUUUAUCAGGAUGACUAGCCCUAGCCCUAGCCCUAGCCCAUUGUUGUGGCAUCGAGGCUUGGUGCUUUGAAGUUCAGUUGAGAAUCUUAAUCUAAAUUCAGUGUGAUGACUUCUUGUGCCAUCCUUGUGUUCGGUGUAGGUGUGAGGAGGUUGUGAUGAUUCACUCCCUAGCACAUUGGGGCAUGCAGCAAGAUUCUGUGUAAUAUGCCAGGUGUGUCAUCAGGUUAAUUAUACACCUGUGAUUAGUUUCGAGCCUUAGCCACUAACUCACCUGUUGGCAGAAUUGACUGUCAAAGUUCUGAUGUUUCUAAGGAAGUGGCACAGAAUCACACGAACAAAGAUUGAGGUUUGGUAAAUUUUCUUGUGAUGUUCUGUGAUCUGCACCCUAGGUGUGUGCUGUGCUAAGAAUGAAAGUGUUUGCAAAGCCUGAUUCAGCUGCAAAAUGUCAGCUGUGCAAGUGAUUUUGAAAGGUGAAAACUACUUUACCAUGCAGUUCAAGAUAAUCAGUGUGAUUUUGCCUAUUAAAAUGAUCCCUAAUGUAGAAAAAAUGACAAAAGUAGAAAUUGUCAAUUAGUAUUUUAAUUUUAUUGUAUAUACAUGUAGUAACAGUUAAAAAUUGAAGAGCAGCACAUGGUCAUCUCCGCAGUUAUGAUUAUAUGGAUGUCAUCUUUUCAUGUCACCCUCAGAUAUUCUGUGAAAUAAUGUUAUGCACUCUAAUGAGUAAGAGCCAAUCAAAGUUAAAUUUGCUGAACGUUUAUAAAUUGUUUCACUGACUACAGUAUGUAAAUGUCUCUUUAUUCUGGAUCUAUUUUGGCUAGGUAGGCUAAAAAUUUACAUGGUCUCCACUACCCGUAAAGCUACUCCUAACUAGAGAGAGAAAUUAUUCUUAAGUUUGUCUGUUUUGACAGAAGAUUUGAAAUGUAGUUUCCAUGCUGAACAAUUCAUUGGCUCUUACUUAUAAACAUGUAUUCAGCUGUUCAAAAGUAACCAACCAAGAUGUCUUAAAACAAGGUGUUUUAAGACAUUAUUAGUUUUAUGAAACAGUUACAUGUACUGCACAUGUAACUUCAGAAACAUUAACUCCACCAUAUUUAACGUCAAUCUUCCUGUUAAGAAUAUCUCUCUUUAAAUGACCUUAAGGAAAAGGGCUUUCAUAUUAUAUAUAUGAUGUUCUUUUCCUGUAGAUCUCAGUUUAUGUGGUGGUUAGAUCUAAGAAAUUAAAGGGGUUGGACAACUUUCAACAUUUAUAAACAGAAUAAUCUUCAACUGAUUGUUAAGGAAUAUAAAUCGUCUAAGAAACAGAAGAUCAAACUGCAAAAACAUAGCACAUUCAAAUAAGGCUUAAAAACCUUAGUGCACUUGAUGGAAAUUGUAGUCGAAGUAGUUUGUGGAAGUGUUCUAAGAAACAAAACAUAGAUUGGGAAAAAUAGUACGUUCAAAUAAUGCUUGAAAAACGCUUGUGCAAAUGUUUGAAAUUUGGAACCAAAAUAUUUGGUUAAAAGUGUGAGAUUCCCUAUUUAUUUGUAACUUUUUUUUUGUUCUUAUACUUUUUGGGCUAAUCUUUGACACAUAUUUACAAAUAUCAGUAAUAAUUUCUUUAAAAGCUAGUUGAUUUUUUCUGUUUGUCACAUUAUGCCCAACAAAUUUUUUUUAAAGGAUGGCCUUACAUGUAGCUCUUUCAUAACUUUGCUCACAGAUAUUUUCUCUAUACAGAAUUUUAAAUUUGGCCUAUUUGGCUCAAGGUUUCCACAGUAAUAUGUCAAACUAAGGUAUAGCCCCUUCUGACCUUCUGACCAGGUAGGCAGCUAUGGUUCAUCGCACAUACCUACCAGAACUUUGACUGACCUGUGUCCGCUGACUGUUCACACAACCGUUACACCUGUACGCCAGCUCUACCAUACAAGAUGAACUUAGAGAACUGUGGGUAAAAAUUGAUGCUUUACUUUCGCAUAAAACAUCAAGGGGCUAUGUGACUUAAAAUGUUUAUUUUAAAUAUUUUAAUAUUUUCUGUUUUGUUUUUUUUUUACCUGCAUUGAAAACUUUUUAUACUAUUACCAAAGAAUCUUUGGUUUGUCACUUGGAAAGUUUUAAAGAUAGACAGCUGAAACUAUUCACGACCAUGUUACACAUAUUGUCUGUUGAUGAUGUACGAACCCAGACUUUCGUUACUUGUAUGGCUGUAAGGCAUGUAACAGGUCCUAUUGGUACAUUCAGAUUUGACAGUUUCCAGUGAGGUUUCGGCUUUUCUCGACCUUUUUGUUGCUGGACACGCUGCAGUUUUAUGUCAGAGGCCAGGUCAGUGUGUUGGGUAUAGUGGUACUUGCAUGUAGAAUGGUCCAGUUCCACUGACCAUUAAGCUGACCACCAACCAUCUGAUAAGUUGGGGGAUUUUAAAUCCGGGGUACACCAAUCAGUGAAAUACGAUGAUCUAGUGUAUUUAUGUGUACAAAUGAACAUUUCCGUAACUAUUUCGCAUGCCAAGUGCCUAUUUUAUUUCAGAUGUGGAGAAAUUCUUAUUUAAGGAAGCUCAAGUAAAGAGCCUCUAUUUAUUACAUUAGAAUAAAUGGCAUACAUGUUUGUUAGGUGCUUGGUCAUUGCCUGACAAAUUACAAUUCUCAGUGGCAUGUGAAAUGGUUAAAGAAAUGUGAAUUGUAUAAGACAUCAAGAAAACAAAAAUCCAGUCAUCCGUAUUCACUACCUUAAGCACGGACUUACAGAAUUAUGAAACAGGAAUGGAGGUUCAACUAUUUGCCACUAUCUCUGAAAUCUUAGUAUGUUCAGAAAAUUAGCGACGUUGAAGAGUUGGAUUUUUGUUAAAUUGAAUCUGUUAUGCAAAUAUUUAAUAUGUUUGCCACAAUAACUGAUAAAUUCUGUGCAUAAAUUUACUACGUUGGCUGAAUAUGUAUAUAACAAUUAUUGCAUUAAUAUUGAAUGUUUAUAAUAUGCUAUUCUAGUAUGUCGUGUAGAGUAGCUUCAGUUUUAUUAUAAAAUGUAAACUUAUAUAUUUACAUGUAUUUCGUACCUGUAUCCUGACAGUUUUUAUGUGUUACUAAUGGUUAUAUGCAUGUUGCCGUGUUCUGAGCAGAUAGGAGUGCCCCAUUUGUUUGGGAUCCUGUGUGACAUGGUAACAACACCAUCGUGAAUUGUUCGCCUAUACUGUACUCUUCUCCAGUAAAUAAACUCGUGUAUUUGCCAAGUGUCAAACAGAAUGUGAAUUGUUUGCCUAAGUGAACCGCAGUGUGAGUGUAUAUAGUGUUCAGAAAAGGAGUGAGCGACCAGCCAUUGAUUCUCGCCGGCACUGGUCCAUUCAAUCAGCCGUCUUCAUGGUGAUGUGAUGCCUUUUUAUUUUAGGCUCUAUUCAAGCCUAUGGCUUCAUUGUUUUGAGCUGCUAUGUGCAAACAAAUGAAACCUGUGGGAAAAGGUGUUGAGUGCUCUUCCAGAAGUUACACCUGAGACCAGUUUUGCGCAUGAUUUUUAAAUGUGUGCAGGCAUUGAGGAAAGCAAUGUUAUAUUGAAGAAAAGUGUCAAAUUCUUAAAAAGUCAUAACUUGAAAAGCAUCAUAUGAUUGGAUGUGACGUGCUGUGUGUGAGAACUAAGUUGUUUAUACUAUAUCUGAGCACAGUUUAGCUGAAAUCUUCUUGACAGGCUUGUCAAAUGUGGAUAAGCUGAUCUAUUAUCCACCCCGUGUGUGGAUGAAUUGUGUUUUUGUGAUCACCCCUGAUGACCAGCAACCAGCUCAACUCUGUUUCAACAACCAUUAAAUUGGGUGGUCUCCAGGCAAGAUUGUGCGACAGAAACCUGUGUUAUUUUUCUUUGUUGUGUGUACUUGUGAUCCCUGUGUCAAUUUACUGU